AUGUCCGACGUGUGGGACCGGCUGACGGGCUCCGCGCAAAUCGACGAGCUCAAGCAGACCGUCGAGAACGCCGUCGAUGAGAUCAAGGAGAAGCUCUUCGCGGAGCUCGACAAACUGAAGAAGGCGUACCCAGCGGCGGAGGUGAAUGAGAAGUUCCUGGAUCAGUGGGACAAUCUUGUUUCCACUGUGAACCUGGACGAGGUGAAGAAGCAGGGCGGACGUUGCCGC